CCUCUCUCCUCCCCCGCCCGCGUGGUCGCCGCCACCGCAGCCGCCCGAGAGGAGCUGGGGGAGGACGGUGGCCCGCAAGGCUCGUCGCAGACAACGCGGCGGCGAUGUCCGCGAGCCAGGCGAGUGCCGCGGCGGCAGCGGCGGGGCCUCGCACGCGGCAAGGCGGCCUGGGCUUCAGCCUCCCUCCGGUUCCCAGGAAGCGAACUGGCGGCCAGCGCGGGAGCAGAAGCAGCAGCAGAGGCGGAGGCUCCGGCGCGUCUCUUGCCUCCCCUUCAGCCUGAGCCGGGGGAGGCCAGGCGGCCCGGGUUGCUGAAGGGGGGUCCGCUGCCCAAGAAUGGGAAUUCUCUUCACCAGGAUAUGGAGACUGUUCAAUCACCAGGAGCACAAAGUUAUCAUUGUUGGGCUGGAUAAUGCAGGGAAAACUACCAUCCUCUACCAAUUUUCUAUGAAUGAAGUUGUACAUACAUCACCUACAAUAGGAAGUAAUGUAGAAGAAAUAGUGAUUAAUAAUACACGUUUUCUAAUGUGGGAUAUUGGUGGCCAAGAAUCUCUUCGAUCUUCUUGGAACACUUACUAUACUAACACAGAGUUUGUAAUAGUUGUUGUGGACAGUACAGACAGAGAAAGGAUUUCUGUAACUAGAGAAGAACUCUAUAAAAUGUUAGCCCACGAGGACCUACGGAAAGCUGGGUUGCUGAUUUUUGCUAAUAAACAAGAUGUUAAAGAAUGCAUGACUGUAGCAGAAAUUUCCCAGUUUUUGAAACUAACUUCUAUUAAAGAUCACCAAUGGCAUAUCCAGGCAUGCUGUGCUCUUACUGGCGAGGGAUUAUGCCAAGGACUUGAAUGGAUGAUGUCACGACUUAAGAUUAGAUGAUCUCUACUGACCUCUUCUCAUAGACUUUGUAUAAACGAAGUGCUGGACUUUACCUGAAAGCUGCAAAAAUUAAUGGUUUAGAUAUAUUUAUAAUAAACUGACUUAAACUUUUUCUAUAAGAAGAAAAAUUAAGACCACUUAUUUGAAAACAAAGAUGAAGUCUCACUUUCCAAUCUGCUUUCUCAUUAGUUCCUUCCAAAGCAAGGUCUUUAAAGCUGUGAUUGCCAUUUUUCUCAUAAUGAAUCCUCUCAGGACAUUGUGUAGCCUGUGGUAAGUACAAAGGGAGAGGAAGACAUUUUUCACUUUAAGAGCUUUAUUGUCAGUAUAACCCUCCCUAGUUGAAUGUUAUUCUCUUCGUGUUCCAUUAAGUCAAAAUACAAAUCAGCACAGAUACUCAGUUUCCAAUAUUUUAAAAUGUAAUGUUAAUUAUGAGAAGUAUUUUGCAUAAGGUUGUGUAUGUAUUGUGUAUAUACCUCAAAUUCCAGUUUAUGGCUUUGAUUAUGUUCUAAAGAAAAGCAAAUAACACAAAAAAGUAAUAAUAUCCUUAGUUAAUGACCAUAACGAGAUGAGUACUGGCAUUGGUGUUAAAUGCCAUUUUGUGCUUUCCCCCUAUGUUCUCUGUAUUGUACUAACCAACUCGCAAAAUCUUUGAGCUGCUCUUAAAAAAAAAAAAGAAAGAAAGAAAAAAGGAGAAAGCUCAACAGUGUGUACCUAUUUUUUUGUUGAUCAAAUUACAUACAUGAAAACAUAUAAUCCAACCGAGUAGAGUAUCUGCAGAUUUUUGGCUUAGUAUUAUGAAUGGACAGAAUUUCACAUUGAGCAGUUAUCACAUUGGUUCCUUUAUUGGAUCUGUGCCAUCUCAGUUACUGAGAAAAUUGUUAAUCCAUUAAUCAGUCAAUCAUUAAUUGUGAUUAAAAUUAUCAAGUGAUUUUUUUCCCAACAUUAAUGGGAAGCUGUUGUGGAAAAUAGUCUACCCAGAGAAGUAUCACCCUAUAAAUAUUAAUCAAAUAAUUUACCUAGCAUCUUCUUAGGAAUCGAAUUACAUGUCAAGCAUUUAAAGUGAGUUUGAGAUGAAAAGUAAAGCUUAUUUUCUAAGCAACAAAGGUUAUUUCUUAAUUUGAAAUUUUCUCAUUUUAGAAAUUGGGAUAAUUUGAGAUUUUUGUUUCUGUACUUUUUUUUAAUCUUAACACCACAUAAAUGCAUUGACGAUUAUAAAAUAUAAACUUUUUUAAGUGCUUUUAAUAAUUUGGUUUAAAAGUUGAUCAACAUGAUAUAUCAUUUUUCCAAAGAAGUAACUUGGCCCCAAAUAUCUUAUGUUUGCUUAGGAUAUUAUUCUUUUCACUGAAAAUGGAAAGCUAUGAGGGUUGAAAGUAUUUCUGUUGUAAUUGUAAACAAAGUUAUCCUAAAUGUGUUCAAACAUAUUUUUGGGUACUCUCUUUGUAUAUGUUUCAUGAAGAAAAGAAAUAACUACUUUUAAUACCAGCUUUUUAGAUUUCAUGCAGAUUUUGUUGAGGGAUAAUAGUAUAUACCACAAACAUUGACAAAACUUGGAAAGUUUCUUUCUGUAAAAUAUAAUAUACUCAAUAUCUAAAUCCAAGUCAGGCAUGGGAGAUCAGUGUUUAACAGCAGAUGUUUUGUGUUUUAUAUUUAUAUUACAAUGUUCAUAAUGCAAGUAUAACAUUUUAGUGUUUGUCAACUUGCUUUUACAAAAGUAAAUUCUAAAUUACUAAGCUUUAUUUCUUCAUAUGUUCUCAUACUUUUUCAAAUCAUUAUUAGGAGUUACUUAUUUUAUAUUAAAAAUUCCCUUAAAAACCCAAAUCCAUUUUGCAGAUGUUGCAUUUUCAUCAGAGAUAAAUAUUCUGUAAAGUAGUCCAGCAAAUUCACGUUUUUUACCCUUUUUUUCUUUUCAUUUGAAUAGUCAUGGCUUAGUCCUGUGGGUUGCUGCCGCGUCACGUGACCUCAGCCCUAUACCAGCACAUUCCCUUCUCGUCAAGGUGUUGGCUAAAAUUUAUUCUUAGCUGGAUGUUUAAAGCAUGCACUACAUACAUUGUUACAGUUGGUUUAGUGUGGUAGGUGACUGACAUGGCAUCAUGAGAAUGCAUGAAAUCUUGUACCACAUUUACAAAACAUGAUUUUUUGUUACAUUCUACCUUUCUAGGCUAAACAUUAGAAAUAAGGUUGUACUUAUAUACUUGUAUAUAAAACCAAAUUACAAUGAGAAAAAAAUUUAAUUUCAUGUAUGAAUAUACAUCAAGGUAAUUUUAACAGUAUUAUUUCCAAAUAUGAUGGAGAGCCUCAUGAGUAGUCAUAUUGGCGAUUUAUAUGUAGUUUAGUAGAAAUAAGCAAAGGGCAGUGCUUUUGGUUUUUAAUGUGCUACUUUUGGGUGUAAACAGUCAUCUUAUUUAGAGUCAUUGUACUCACCUCUGAAAAGAACAAAGCUUCAUACCUCUGUACAUGUGGCUGGAUUUGAAUAUCCUGUUUGAUAUUAAUUUUAGAAGUCAUAUAAUUAUUCUUGAUAUCUUGGUAAACAUAACCAUAUGCUAUAAGCAUUUAAAUAUGUUUGAUUUUGUGAUAAUAGCAUUUAUAAAGUAUAUCUUACACAUUAUAUUGAGGAGUCUAGUUUGAAAUUGUUCAGUUCUCUCUAUCUUCUUUGGCUCUUAUGAUAGGCAAAGAAUACAGUGAAGGCAGGUGGUUUGGGGGGCAGGGGGAAGUGGGUAUGGGAUAUGACGUUUUGCCUUAAGAAUAAAAAAAGUGUUUUAGCACUGCUGGCUGGCAUUUUUAAUGCAGAUAGUUAAGGGGAUUUUAGAAAUGUGGCAUGAAAUAGAAGAGUUUCUGCUUUCUGGCCUUUAAGAAGUGCCUAGUAGGUAGUUACUGAAAAGUACAGGGAGCUUGAGGAAAGGCAGGAAGUCCCUGAGAUACUCUUUUCUUUUUUGUCUGAGUGUGUAGAAUUAAGAUGCCUAGAAAUGGGGUUCUGUUGUCCUCUCUCUUGUAGCACUUUACAUGUCUUGCUGUCACAGCAACCACAUACAGUACAGACAACCUCAACAUCUGUUUAGAUUAGUGUAAAUAGAAAAACUGUAAACAACUUUCUAGUUUUCUCUGCAGGCAUUUUUGGGAAUGUAUCUGUAGUGUGUUUUACUUUGUAUCUAGAGGAUAGCAGCACAUCCCAGAUUUUUCUUGGACUUUGGGGUCUUUUCUCAAUUACCCAGUUGUAUCCUGACACCAAUCCCUCUUUCAAAGCUGGGUAGAGACAUGGUUUCUUUGCAUGACUUAUCUUUGACCCCUCCCAACUGUCCAAAUAUCUAGAACUUCUUGCUGCAGAUCCACUUUCCCAUAGCUUAGACAUCCCUCGCUCCCCUGUAUCUUCAUUCACCAUCAGUGAAGGUAUGUUACUCAGUCCUGGAGGUAUUCUAAACUUUGCCUUAUAGCCGUCAUUCCCCAGACCAGUUUCUAAGUAGGUUCUCUAGUUCUUUGGUAUCUCCCCACCACUGGCUUGAUUUAUCAAUUUGUACUUCGCUCAUUAGAGAGUAUUGUCAGGGUUGUUGAGUACAUCAGAAGACUGGCUUGCUGUAUAUACAGCAUAUGAAUGCAGUGGUAAAAUCCUUUAUACUAUAUUUAACAUUUUAAUACUUCUUGAUUUUAGCUUCAUACACUGAAAAGUAGAUUCAGAAGGAUAACAGAACUACCUAGACUUUACCAGCUCCUUAAGCUGCUGGUUAAGCAUAGAAGGGAUGAAGUUAUGUGUAUGUUAUCUUACCAUUACCAACAAUGGAUUACGUUUUGAAGGAUAUCUGUACAAACAACUUGAGUUAGAAAAAUAUGCCAAACCAGAUUUAUACGUAGUGUUUACCCCAAAGACAUCCUUAAAACCAUAGCCCACAUUCUAUUUUUUUCCUCAUGUUUACUUAAAGAACACAAACAUACAUUAGAUGUCUAAAGGAAUUAGUAAUGAGAAGCCUAUCUUUACAAAAGAAACCUGUUGAAAUAGGAUUUAAAAGACAUCAGAAUCAUCAGCUGUCAUGUGUUGAUUCUGUAUAGAUGUAGACACAGUGUAGACAGUACUGACUUAAAGCUCCCCCUAUACAAAAAUAGAACUUCUGUCUCAUGCUUCCUUGAAGAAUGUAUGAUAGUUUUAAGACCAUAUUGGUGAAAUAAAGGAAAAAAAAAUUUUAAACUUUGGAUGCUAAAAAAAAAAUGACUGUUUCUAUUAAACCCUAAAGUGGUGUGUGGAAUUGUGAAGAAAUUGUAACAGGAUAUAGUCGGGUUAAUUACAUGCAAUUUUUUAAAAUCAAUUGUCUAGUUGUUAUGUAUUGUUCUAAAAACUGAAGUUUAUGGUCUUGCCUGCUAGAUAUGCUGUUCUUUGAAAGAAGAUUCCCAUAGCCCAUACCCAAGAAGUGCCUAAAAUUGAUUUGUGUGGGAUUUUAAGUCCAUCUAAUAAAUUAUAUGUGUUUUCUAUGGUAUUAUAUGUGCUUGGUGUACUGAUGACAAAGCCCUAAGGAUUUCUGAGUCACAGUUUGUGCUUUAUUUGAGUAAAAACCAAACAAACAAAAACCUAGAAAACAAACCAUAGUUUAGCAAAUAUGAGCAGAAUUCUGUUGUCCGGAUGCUAGAAAAUUGAACCCUAUUUCUGUUUUUUUUAACAAUAGUUUUCACUCACAGAAAAUUAUAUUGUGUGUUUUAAAACCUUGGUAAAAGUUUAUUGCUUAUUUAAUAAUAGCCUCUUAACACUCCUGGUACUUAGUGGGUAGUAAUUUUGAUCACACUGUUGAGAUCUUGAUCCAUUUUGUGUGUAUGCAUGCCCAAAUCCUUCCUUUUUGUUUAGAUUCUACUUACAAACUAAAAUAUUCGAUAGACUCCUAUUAUGUUUCUCAUAUUUUCCUUCUUCCCUCCCUCCCUCCCUUUUUUUCUGACCAUAGAGUGUGACUAUAAAUUCUGGGGGCAGAAACUUCACUGUAUUUUCAGUGAUUUACAAUUACAGUGUGUUUAUAUUUUAAAUCAUCUUGCAUGGAAAGUGAAAUGUGUACAUGAGUUUAAAUAAUUGUAUACUCUUCUCUUCUCCAAAACUUCUUACAUUGGUGAUAUACAGAAUUCCUCUAAUUAUUUUUGCUUGAACUAGUCAUUUAGAUUGGAGUAGCCUUUUCUUAUAUUAUGUCCCUCUGUGGUUUUUUUGAGAGGAGGUGAUACCUGCAGAGCACUUUUAAAAAUCUCUGGGUUCAUGUUCAAGAUAACACAUCGAGGAGGAAGCUGUAAUUAUGUCUAAGCAUCGCUCUUUUGGUUGCUAGAGAUGAGAAAAAUGCAUACUAAUUUUAAUUUGUGCUUAAAAUACAUCAUACUAACAGUAUUGAUUUUAAAUAUGACAAAGGCUUGUAGAUAGUCUUCCUUCUUUAUUGUAUUUUCCUAGACAAGCCUACAUGAAAAUGCGUUCCAAGUAGUCUAUUUGUAUAACUACCCCUCCCAAAUUGAGCUCUAUGUAUAUUGCCAUAGUUGAAGCCACUUUAAUACAAAAAGGAAUUAGAAAAACUUUUGAAAGUUUUUAGGUUUGCUGUAUUGGAAUUUCUAAUAUGAUAAAAAGUUUUGAGUCAAGCUUUGGAUGCAUGAAGAGGCAGAAAAAUCUGUCGUCUUUAUCUUUUUUUGAACUUGUGCUUCUCUGUAUCCUAAGAAAAUUUUACACUCAAGGAAUAUUCCAAAACGUAAGGAUCUUAGAGCACUUAGGUGGUUUAUAGUUCAUCGCUGCUGAUGUGUUAGAUACCUAGGGAAAUAAUGUUUCAGGCCUUUCUUGACAAGACAACUUCACUUAUGGCUGGAGGAUAUUUGUUUUUGUAGGGGUUGGGAGGGAAUGGCAGAUUGGAAUAGGGACCUCUUCGUUGGUAAAGCAGUCUUAUCAGCUGCUUUGCAGAUGUGUUACUUCAUUAUACUUAUAACAGUGUUCUUAUGUCCAUAACUCACUCAACUGUCAAGCUCCAGAAAUGUUAAGGCAUUGGUCAGAUGACCAGUGGUAGGGCCUUGUUUAUUAUGAAAUAAAGGAGUCAUGUCAAGAUAUGUUUGGGGGGAAAUGAAAAAUAAGGUUUUACUGGUGAGUUUCCAUGUUUAAUAUGUAUAUUAACUUUUUUUUUUAAAGUUGCAUGUUAACCUGGGAUAAAGUGUUGUCUCUGCUUUAUGCUUGGAGUAAAAAGGAAAAAAAAAAAAAGAUGGGUUAAAUUGUUACUAUUAUGUACUAUUACAUAUACCUUUUCUUUUAGAAGGGGUUAAUUAUAAUUAUUAUUCACA